CCGCGGCCGCGCAGCCCCGGGGGGGCCCCCGGAGGACACCCCCGGUCCCCGCGGGGGCGGCGGGGACACCGCGGCGCUGGGAGGGAGGUCAAGGAUGGUCCAUGUGAUGGGGGAUGCCGCCUGCUGGGUCCUGCUCGGGCUCUCCCUCCUCCCCAUCGCCGUCCUGGGCUCCCAGGACGAGGGGAAGGUGAUCCACAUCACCAGGGUGCAGCACCAGGCGGUGCGGGUGGGGCUGGGGGAGCCCGUGACCCUGCCCUGCCUCUUCCUCCUGCACCCCUCCGCCUCCCUGGGGCCCAACGAGCCCCCGGAGCCGCCGCGCGUCAAAUGGAGCAAGGUGCGCUCGGCCACCGGCCAGAGGGAGGACGUGCCCAUCCUGGUGGCCAAGGACAACGCGGUGAAGGUGGUGAAAGCCUACGAGGGCCGAGUGUCGCUGCCCGGCUACGCCCGUGACCGCUCCAACGCCACGCUGCAGCUGCGGGCGGCCCGCGCCAGCGACGCGGGGCUCUAUCGCUGCGAGGUGGUGGCCGGCAUCGACGACGAGCAGGACCUGCUGCCGCUGGAGGUGACGGGCGUUGUGUUCCACUACCGGCCCGCGGGCGAGCGCUACGCCCUGACCUUCCCCGCCGCCCGCCGCGCCUGCCGCGACAACUCGGCCGUCAUCGCCUCCCCCCAGCACCUCCAGGCCGCCUUCGAGGACGGCUACGACAACUGCGACGCGGGCUGGCUGAGCGACCAGAGCGUGCGGUACCCCAUCACCCUGUCCCGGCCCGGCUGCUACGGAGACCGCAACAGCCUCCCCGGCGUGCGCAGCUACGGGCGGAGGGAGCCCGCCGAGCUCUACGACGUCUACUGCUACUCCCGGGAGCUGCGAGGGACCGUGUUCUACGCCACGGUGCCGGGGCGCUUCAGCUGGCAGGAGGCCCGCAGGCACUGCCGGAGCCGGGGCGCCUCGCUGGCCACCACGGGCCAGCUGUACCUGGCGUGGCGAGAGGGGCUGGACCAGUGUGACCCGGGCUGGCUGGCCGAUGGCAGCGUCCGCUACCCCAUCCGCCUGCCGCGCAGGAAGUGCGGGGGCGAGGCCUCGGGGGUGCGGACCCUUUACCAGUUCCCAAAUCGCACCGGUUUCCCCUCCGCCGCCUCCAAAUUCGACGCCUACUGCUACAAAGCCGCGGGGCACAGGGACACGGAGGAGCCGGUGCUGCCGGUGCCCCCCACGCCCGACCCGCCGAGCAGCGACAACGUGCUAGUGGAGCACAGCGAGGACCUGGGCACUUCGGGGGACACUCGCGACAUCCCCCGCGACCGCUACGACCUCCAGCCGCAGCCGGGGCCCGCGGGGCUGGGCGAGGAUGAGGACGAGCAGCUGCGGCCGGCCAGCGGCAGCCCGGUGGCGCAGCGCGGUGACCUCCCGGGGGCUGCCCUGUCGCCGGCACCGGCGGCUCCAGGGCUGGGGACGGGCGGUGGGACAUCCCUGCCGCCCACCGCGGCCCCCUCGCUGGCGUGGCCCCACGAGGAGGAGGCUCUCAACGUGGUGGAUCAGGCUCCGGACAGCUCCCGGCGGGAUCCUCCGGCACAAGGAGAGCCCGAGGGACUCCCGGCCACCCUCCUGUCACAUGCCCAAAGCCCAGCCCUGGAGCACAGCACCGGCUCGUCCUUGGCACCGGCGACCCCCAGCGCGGCCCCGGAGACCCCCAGCACCCCCCCGGGCAGCUCCAGCGCCCCGAGGAAGAGCUACCCCGGGCUGAACGGGCGCUACUUCCAGCUCCAGCGGCACAGCCGGGACCCCGCGGUGGCAGCUGGGGACACCACGGUGGCCAUUGGGGACCCCACGGUGGCGAUUGGGGACCCCACGGUGGCAGCUGAGGAGCCAGCGGGGAUUGUCACCCAGGUCCCCGUGCUGGCGCUGGAGGUGAAAGGACCCGCAGCCAACGCCGUGGAGCUGUGGAGCCUCCCCCGAGCCGGCACCGAGAGCCCCCGGCGGGAGGGUCCCCACGCGUCCCCCAAAGCGCUGGAGGAGGAGCCCAGCCCCGAGCUCAUGGCCCCGGCCACCGCCCCGGUGUCCCCCUCGCCGCAGGCGCCGGCCCCGAGGGAUUCAGGGACCCCCGCAGGGACCCCGCCCGUGCCGUCCCCGUCCCCGUCCGUCCCCGCCACCCCCCGCGACGCUCGGGGCCACCGGGACAUCCCCGCGGGUGGGGCUCAGCCCGUCCCCAGCGCCCGCGGGGACUCCCCGCGGCCACCCGCGGAUGCCACCGAGGACUUCUCCGGGGACCCUCCCUCCCAGGACGGCGGUGGCUCGGUGCCCCCGCUGCCUCCGCUGCCCCCGGCCCCGUUGGUGGCCGAGGGUCCCGAGCCGGCCCCGCAGCCCCGCGGAGACGGCGGGGACGGCAGCGGGGCCCCGGGUGACGGCGCGCUGGAGAGGCAGAGGAAGGCGGUGACAUUCCUGCAGCCAGAGGGUCCCUCCGAGGGACACGCUGCCACCGCCGGCUACACCGAGGGGGCUUCUCCCGGGCCCCUGGGGCGGUCCAGCGCCGCGGCUCCCCACGGGUCGGCCGAGCCUAGCCAGGAGCAGCCGGAGGGAUCCAGGGAUGCGGCCGAGCCUAGCCAGGAGCAGCCGGAGGGAUCCAGGGAUGUCGGGAAUGGCGCAGCCGAGCCCAGCAGCGAAGCAGCCGCGUCCACCCCGGCCUGGGAUGUCCCCUCUCCGUCCCCUUCCCCCACGGCCACCGAGGUGGUGCUGUGGGCCAGCACCGAGCGGCCGGAGGAGGGUGGCGGUCUGGAGCCGGUGGCCGAGGAGGGGUCCACAGGCUUCACUCCCCGAGACCCACAGCCCACCCACCGCUCGGAGGCGGGGCUGGGGGCAGCCGAGCAGCUCCUCCUGUCCCCCCCGGGCCCCCGGCAGCCCCCCGCCACCCCCGGCGCCCCAGCUGUCCCCAGACACGAGGAUGCUCCAACAGCCCCCGGCGAGGAGGACUCCUCCGGGGAGGCCAAGAGGGAAGAGUCCCCCACUGCCCUCGGGCCCUGGCCGUCCCCCAGUGCCCCCCACCCACGGGGGACGGAGCCCGCCGGGUCCCCGAGCGCGGGGCUGCUCUUUGAGCCCUCCGCGGAGCCAGAGCUGGGGGGUCCGGAGGGGUCCCCGCUGCUGGACGCCGACAGCGGCAGCGGGGAGGAGCCGGCGCUGGAGGAACGGGAGCUGCUGGCCUGGGUGGGCACCGGCAACGCCAGCGGGCACGCGCCUCCGGACCCGUGCCAGAACAACCCGUGCCUGCACGGCGGGACGAGCCGUGCCAACGGCACCGUGUGCGGCUGCAGCUGCGCCCCGGGCUUCACCGGCGAGAACUGCGAGAUCGAUAUCGACGACUGCCUGUCCAGCCCGUGCCAGAACGGCGGCACCUGCAUCGACGAGAUCAAUUCCUUCGUGUGCCUCUGCCUGCCCAGCUACGGCGGCAGCCGCUGCGAGAAAGACACGGAGGGCUGUGACCACAACUGGCACAAGUUCCAGGGGCACUGCUACCGCUACUUCGCCCGCCGGCGCUCCUGGGAGGACGCGGAGCGCGACUGCCGGCGCCGGGCCGGGCACCUCACCAGCAUCCACUCGCAGGAGGAGCACGGCUUCAUCAACGGCUUCGGCCACGAGAACACCUGGAUCGGGCUCAACGACCGCAUCGUGGAGCAGGACUUCCAGUGGACCGACAACACCGGCUUGCAAUACGAGAACUGGCGGGAGAACCAACCCGACAACUUCUUCGCGGGCGGCGAGGACUGCGUGGUGCUCGUGUCCCACGAGAUCGGCAAGUGGAACGACGUGCCCUGCAACUACAACCUGCCCUACAUCUGCAAGAAAGGCACAGUGCUGUGCGGGCCCCCCCCGGAGGUGCCGAACGCUUUCCCGGUGGGAAAGAAGAAGGAGAAGUACAACAUCCACUCCAGCGUGCGCUACCAGUGCCAGGAGGGCUUCACCCAGCGCCACGUGCCCACCAUCAAGUGCCACAGCACCGGCAAGUGGGACCGGCCCAAAAUCCUCUGCACAAAACGCGGUCGCACCGAGCGCGGCGGCACCGGCGGCACCGGCACAGCCACCCCCACCACCAGCACCACCACCACAAACCCCGCAAGGAGCGGCGAAAACACCGCCAGCACCUCCGGCUGGACUGGAUGGAGGAGGGCCACUACUUCUAGGGCCGGGCGGCGGCCACCGAGCACAAGGGGCCCCCGUGGGAUGUGGUGACGUCCCCCCGCCCCUCUCCCACCCUCCCCGCCCCUCUUUUAUAACCCCUUUUUGGCUUUAGCUCCUUAGGAUGCCCGGCCCCGUAGGGAAUAGGAUCCGGAGGGGGCGGCUGCGUGUGCGUCCCCAGCCCUCCCUGCAUGUCCCGCGCUCAGCCCCCCCGGCCCGGGCUGGAGCCCCCAGCCCCGCACAGGGACCCCCCCCAGCUGGGCUCUGUCCCUGUCCCCAAAUCGGGGCUAAAUCAGGCAGCCCCCCCCCAUAUCCCACCUUGGGCGGCUCUGGUUUUUUAGCAGCCCCCCCAUUUCCCUGCCCCAGCACCCCGGGGUGUCCCCGCGGCCGGCACGGGGUGGGGGUGGGGGGGGGGACACGGUGCCUCCGGGGCCACUGUCCCGCUCCGCGCCUGGUUUGGGGGGUGUUUGGUUUGGUUUUGUCCCCUUUCCGUUCGUUUCGGGUCCCCGUUGGAGUUGGCGUGUGUGUGUGUGUACGGCGCUUUCUGAUCUCUGCUGUUUGCGACGUGACUGCCGUGUCCCGAUCCCCUCCCCGACCCCCUCCCGACGCCCCCUCCCCAUUUCUGACUCUGCCUUUCUGUACUGCUGGACAUUUUAAUAAAUUUUUUUAACAGUU